GGGGGGGGGGGAUGAACAAACCCCUGGGGAGCCGGGGGUGCCCCGAGGGUGGGACAUUCCCACAGGGAACGGGGUCCUGGGGGUUGCUGGGGGGCAGAGCCGCCUCGGGGGGGUCCCGGGGGUGAUGGGGUGUCCCCCCCCCGCAGCCACAGCCGCCCCUCGCCCCUGUCCCCCGCAGAUGGUGACAUCCCCGCGGCCGUGGCGCGCGCUGGUGGCCGUGUCCCUCUGUGCCCUGCUGUGCCUGGCGGCCGCGUACCCCCCGAAACCCGAGAGCCCCGGCGAGGACGCGUCCCCCGAGGAGAUGGCCCGGUACUUCUCGGCCCUUCGCCACUACAUCAACCUGGUGACGCGGCAGAGGUACGGGAAACGCUCCAGCCCCGGCGCCGCGGUGGCGGAGCUGCUCCUGGGGGCCGCCGGGGACAGGUCACGGUACGAUGACGACUCCUCGUGGUGACCGCCCCGCCCAGCUCCCCCCUGUCCCCCAAAUCCUCCCCAUCUCUCCGGGUCCCCCCAGGGGACCCAGGGCCAGCGCUGCAAGGCCGGGGACCCCCAGAACCCGGCCCGGGGGCGUCCCACUGCCGGGGGGGACCCCGACCCCGUCCCCUCCCCUCCGCUGCGGGGGGGUCCCGCGUGGUCCCUGCACGGCCCCGCAGCGACAAUAAAGAGCAC